CAGAGUCAAAGAGUCUGUCUCUGAGAAGGGAGAACAUCUCUCCUUCACAGUGAUUGCACUGGGGGAGAGGCAUCAGUUGGCUUUAGACCCCAAGGGGAAACUGGACCAGGUCACCCCAGUUAAAACUAAGUGAGCAUUGCCCCUCCUUCUCCCACCUCUCUGCCCGGGAAUGUCUCGGCGAAAGCAGCGGAAACCCCAACAGUUAAUCUCGGACUGUGAAGGUCCCAGCGCCUCUGAGAACGGUGAUGCUAACGAGGAGGAUCACUUCCAAGUCUGUGCCAAGUGCUGCGCACAAUUCACUGACCCAACCGAAUUCCUCGCUCAUCAAAACGCAUGUUCUACUGACCCCCCUGUAAUGGUGAUAAUUGGGGGCCAAGAGAACCCCAACAACUCUUCUCCCUCCUCUGAACCCCAACCUGAGGGCCACAGUAGUCCUCAGAUCAUGGACACAGAGCACAGCAACCCUACGGAUACUGGGUCUUCCAUGCCCAAGGAUCCCACCUGGGGCCCAGAGCGGAGAGGAGAGGAGUCUGCUGGGCACUUCCUGGUCGCUGCCACAGGUACAGCGGCUGGGGGAGGUGGGGGCCUAAUCUUGGCCAGUCCCAAGCUGGGAGCAACCCCAUUAGCUCCAGAGUCCACCCCUGCACCACCUCCUCCGCCUCCUCCUCCACCCCCAGGUGUAGGCAGUGGCCACUUGAACAUUCCUCUGAUCCUGGAAGAGCUAAGGGUACUGCAGCAGCGGCAGAUCCAUCAGAUGCAGAUGACUGAGCAAAUCUGCAGGCAGGUGCUGCUGCUCGGCUCCUUAGGCCAGACAGUGGGUGCCCCUGCCAGUCCCUCAGAACUGCCUGGGACAGGGACUGCCUCCUCCACAAAGCCUCUGCUACCCCUCUUCAGCCCCAUCAAGCCUGUCCAAACUGGCAAGACACUGGCAUCUUCCUCCUCCUCCUCUUCCUCAGGGGCAGAAACACCCAAGCAGGCUUUCUUCCACCUCUAUCACCCACUGGGGACACAGCACCCUUUCUCUGCUGGUGGGGUUGGGCGAAGCCACAAGCCCACCCCUGCACCUUCCCCGGCCUUGCCAGGUAGCACAGAUCAGCUGAUUGCCUCGCCUCACCUGGCAUUCCCAAGCACCACUGGACUUCUGGCUGCACAGUGUCUUGGGGCAGCCCGAGGCCUUGAGGCUGCUGCCUCCCCAGGGCUCCUGAAGCCAAAGAACGGAAGUGGUGAGCUGGGCUAUGGGGAGGUGAUGGGUCCUUUGGAGAAGCCUGGUGGACGGCACAAAUGCCGCUUCUGUGCUAAAGUGUUUGGCAGUGACAGUGCCCUGCAGAUCCACUUGCGUUCCCACACGGGCGAGAGGCCCUACAAGUGCAAUGUCUGCGGCAACCGCUUUACCACACGCGGCAACCUCAAAGUGCACUUCCACCGGCACCGGGAGAAGUAUCCGCAUGUGCAGAUGAACCCACACCCAGUUCCAGAGCACCUAGACUACGUCAUCACCAGCAGUGGUCUGCCCUAUGGUAUGUCCGUGCCACCAGAGAAGGCUGAAGAGGAGUCCACACCAGGUGGAGCUGUUGAACGCAAGCCUCUGGUGGCCUCUACCACAGCACUCAGUGCCACAGAGAGCCUGACGCUGCUUUCCACCAGUGCAGGCACAGCCACAGCCCCUGGGCUCCCUGCUUUCAAUAAGUUUGUGCUCAUGAAAACAGUGGAGCCCAAGAGUAAAGCUGAUGAAAACACCCCACCAGGGAGCGAGGGCGCGGCCAUCACCGGAGUGGCAGAAAGUGGUGCAGCAACCCGCAUGCAGCUAAGUAAGCUGGUGACUUCACUACCCAGCUGGGCACUACUUACCAACCACUUCAAGUCUACUGGCAGCUUUCCUUUCCCCUAUGUGUUAGAGCCUCUGGGGGCCUCACCCUCUGAGACAUCGAAGUUGCAGCAACUGGUAGAAAAGAUUGACCGUCAGGGAACUGUGGCAGUGGCCUCUACUGCCUCAGGAGCCCCCACCACCUCUGCCCCUGUGGCUUCAUCCUCUGCCUCAUCUGGACCUAACCAGUGUGUCAUCUGCCUCCGGGUGCUGAGCUGUCCCCGGGCACUACGCCUGCAUUAUGGCCAGCAUGGAGGUGAGCGGCCUUUCAAAUGCAAAGUAUGUGGCAGAGCCUUCUCCACCCGGGGCAAUCUACGCGCACAUUUCGUGGGCCACAAGGCUAGUCCAGCUGCCCGAGCCCAGAACUCCUGCCCCAUCUGCCAGAAGAAGUUCACCAAUGCUGUCACUCUGCAGCAGCAUGUUCGGAUGCACCUGGGGGGACAGAUCCCCAACGGUGGUACCACAUUCCCUGAAGGUGGGGGAGUUGCCCAGGAAAAUGGCUCUGAGCAAUCCACAGUCUCCGGGACAGGGAGCUUCCCCCAGCAGCAAUGCCAGCAGCCGUCACCAGAAGAUGAGUUGUCUGAAGAAGAGGAGGAAGAUGAGGAAGAAGAGGAAGAUGUGACAGAUGAAGAUUCCCUGGCAGGGAGAGGCUCAGAAAGUGGAGGUGAGAAGGCAAUAUCAGUGCGAGGCGAUUCAGAAGAGGCAUCUGGGGCAGAGGAGGAAGUGGGGACAGUGGCAGCAGCAGUCACAGCUGAGAAGGGGAUGGACUGUAACGAGAAAGCUACGCAACAGUCAGCUCUGCCACCACUACCACCACCACCUGAUAACCUGGAUCAACCACAGCCAAUGGAGCAGGGAGGCAGUGAUGUCAUGGGAGACAUAGAAAAGGGGGGCAAACCAGAGAGGAGCUCAAGCCCAACAUCAACACUCACCUCAGAAGGGGAAGGCACCAGCACCACCUUGGUGGAGGGGCUGAGCAUGCAGGAAGCCGUGAGAAAGGAGCCAGGAGAGAGCAGCAGCAGAAAGGCCUGUGAAGUGUGUGGCCAGGUCUUUCCCACCCAGGCAGCUUUGGAGGAGCAUCAGAAGACCCACCCCAAGGAGGGGCCACUCUUCACUUGUAUUUUCUGCAAGCAGGGCUUUCUAGAGCGGGCUACCCUCAAGAAGCAUAUGCUGCUGGCUCACCACCAGGUGCAACUGAGCACCCACGUUUGGAAUUGUAGCCCAGCCCGAAGGGGCCGGCAGCUGUCCCUGGAGGGCCCAGUGCCACUCCUCUCUGGUGACCAGGUCAACCUGCAGGACUUCUUGUCCCAGGACAUUCCUGCCCAGCUGGUGGGGGUGGGUCCCCUGUCUUUCUGGAACCAGUACACAGCUUUCCUGUCAAGUGGUCUGCCCACCAAGCCCUGGAUUUCCAGCUCCUCCAGUACCACUGCAGGCCUGUCACCACCAGUGCUGUUUGGCCCAAGAACUGUGGCUGGGAAGGUGCCUCCAGCAACGGUAUUCAGAGAGGCCAAGGAGAAGACAGCCCCCCUCCUCCUAUUUCAGUCUCCUGUACCCAAGGCAGUGCUUGACAACCCCAACAUAGAAGAGAAGUAGCAAACUAGGUUCCUUUUCCCUCCCCCUACUCCAGAAGGUACCAGCAAUGAAGAAGCUGCUAUAAUUGGUGAUUUAGCCCUAGGGGGUAGGGAGGAAUGAAGGACAUAGGAUGCUUUUCUCAGUAAACCCCUUGAUAGCCAUAUAAAGGCAAAGGUGUUGGUGGAGAUAUGCCAGGACAACUCCAGUUUCUCAUAUUCUUUCAUCAUAGCUUCUCAGCAUUAGGAAUCAAGCAGAUUUCUUGCCAGGAGGUUUCCCAUAGGAUAUUUUGGGAACUGUGACAUUAACUCAUAUCUUUAAUGAGUGUUAUAGGUGAGAGUGGUUUGAUAGAGUAAUGAUGGAGAGUUGAGGAGUGUCACUAAAGCAUAGGGCCUGCUGGGAACUCCCAUGAUUAAAAAAGAGAUGUGAUAUAAGGGAGGGGGUUCAAAUUCUGAUUGGAUGGAUUUCAUGAAUGUUCUUUUGGGUUGAUAAUGACAUAAUAUGCAGCAGUGCAGCAGGGGUUAUGGGGGAUUUCCUAGCACUGAUGUGCUUCUAGUUUUAGAUAAAUCUGUCCUUUAUUCCCUAGCCCCUAGUGUUUUCCUCAUCUUCCUCUAUCAAGGCCCUUUUCCUCCUCCCCAUUUUGCCUGUCCAUGGACCAGGGCUUAUGUCUUUCCCACUGUCUGGUUCUUAGAGUCCCAGACUUUGGGAGACCAGCUCCAGGUGGUGGCCUCCCUACUUCUCCACCUUGAAUGAGAUAGUAUUUACUCUUAACAUAGGAUCAUUUGGAACAGGAGUUCUGAGGAGGAGAGAGUGAGGGUUCUGCUACUGACUGACUUAAAUGAUGUCUUCUCCUCCAAAGAUAUAGGCUCCUGAGAUUCCUAACAUAGUAAAAUGUGAAGAGCAAACAAGGGAGAUAUUAGUGUCUUUCCUUCCAUCAUUAAAGGUGUUUUGACCAAGUA